UCUCCCUUGUUCAUGGGUUGUCGGACACAGAACGUGUUCCUGGCCCGGGGUUCCGUCCGUCGUAAUUCCACAGCAGCUUGCCUACCUGUCCUAGCAAGCAUUUUGGUGCCGACAAAGUGUGUGGGCAUUCUUCUCGAGAUUCCCACGGGCUUCCAAGGUUUUUCUAGUGCACUUGUCACUUCAAGGGUUGAAUGGAGCCCAUUGCAGCCGGCAGAAACCAAAGAACUUGGCCGAACCCGCAUAGCUGCCAUAAUAUCCGGGGUGUCUACCCAAAACUCUCGCAUUCGCGCUGCAUUCGAAUCAUCCGUCUCUCUCCAAUCAAACCGGCUUCAGUAUUCGUCCCAUAUACCUGUCCAUCACGUCCUACCGAGUUUGAAGCGGACCUUCAGAGAGCCGAGCCAGAUCUCCAACCAUGCCUCUCUCAUCACAAGCCGUCGACGAGAUCAGGACCAUAGUAGAAAAUGCCGUGACGUCGGACCCCCGAAAGAUCCCCGGAACGACCGUGGUCGUCGUCGACCGCACCGGCGCCGAGCAGUUCGCCCACUCCGCAGGACAACGAGGCAUAUCAUCCAACGAGCCAAUGACUCUGGAAAACGUCUACUGGAUGGCCUCGUGCACCAAGAUGGUCGUCGGCAUCGCGUGCAUGCAGUUGGUGGAGAAGGGCGCUCUCAGGCUGGACGACUCGGCUCACCUGGAGAAGCUGUGCCCCGAGCUGGCCGAUGUCAAGGUGCUCGACGCCGAAGGCAAGCUUGUGGACAAGAAGCGGGGGAUAACGCUGCGCAUGCUGCUGACGCAUACCGCUGGGUUUGGAUACACCUUCUUCAACGAGAGACUGCGCAAUUGGAGUCUCCCGGCCGGGAUCGACGAGUUCUCGGGGAGCAUACGGGACAUGAUGCAGCCGCUUCUAUUCCAACCAGGGGAAGGCUGGGAGUAUGGCGUUGGUAUCGACUGGGCUGGCAUCGCUCUUGAGCGUGUGACGAAUACCAGCCUCAACGAGUAUAUCCAGGCCAACAUCUGCCAGCCACUGGGGCUCCAGAAUGUCAACAUGAUCCCGACACCUUCGAUGAAGGCACAGCUCGCCUAUAUGCACCACAAAAGGCUUGACGGCAAGCUAGUUACCAGAGACCACCUUCUUCACCGGCCACUCGUCGUCCAGUCAGAAGAAGAGGUCCGCGGGUGUUUCAACAGCGGCGGCGCCGGCAUCUUUGCCAAGCCGCAAGAAUACAGUCGUAUACUCGCAGUCUUCCUCAACGACGGGACCUGCCCCGUCACGAAGGCGCAACUCUUGAAAAAGGAGACGGUGGACGAGAUGUUCAGGAACCAGAUCUCCCAAUUCCCAGACUUCGCCAAACAAGGCGUCCAGGACGCUAAGCCGGAGCUGGCCAUGGCGAUCCCGGAGCUCUACCCGGUCCCGGAGGGCACGCCACAGGGGUGGGGGCUGACGUUCAUGAUCACCGGCGGGACAACGGGGCGGUCAGACGGCACGGCAUGGUGGGCGGGGCUGCCGAACCUGUUCUGGUGGUGCGAUCGAGAGAACGGCGUGGCCGGCAUCGUGUGCUCUCAGAUCUUGCCCUUUGGCGAUCCGGCGGUGAUGGGGUUGUGGUCCCAGGUUGAGACGGCCGUCUACAAGGGGCUCGGGAUCUCGAGCAAAGCGUGAUUGUGUCUAGUUAUAUUGCCUCGGGUCGUUGCUCUCUCUACCGUAGUGCUCAACUCUAUUCAAGUUCGUCUCUCGAGACCGUCGACUUCAGAAUGUCGAGAAAAGUUGACACAAAUUGAAAGCUUGUC